AUGGCUAAGCCCGAGGAAGAGGAUGUUUGCCUUCUCGACUUCGACGUAGGCCUUCAGCGCGGUCUCCCAGACGAUAAUGACAACGGAUUUCGCGUGCAGAAUACUUCCCCAAGUGACUGGCAAAGGCAAAACAGCAUUGAGAGAAAGGGACCAGUGGACAUUCGGGCCUCGUUGAUCAAGGUGGUUCAUGGAUACAUGGGGGACCCGUCUGCUGAUGGCCCCUUCGCCACGCUACUCGUUUUCAAAUUCCGUUUUGACCGACAGAAGCACGGACGACGCGUUAUCCGCGCCCGCAUAAACGUGGAUUUCUCCCCACUGCCUCCCGGGAGCUCCCGCCCAGAAGUUUGGGCGAUUGAUCCUGAGGAUAGGUUCAUCAUCGUCCCAACAUCGGACCCACUAGAGACCACGAAGAGUCUGGGCGUCGAUAUCAGCACGCCUUAUGCUGGGGUUACGGGGUCCAUGGAUCGGACCCGCCAGCGAAACAUCGACGACGCCACCACGGUGACCGGCUCUAUUGACCUUGCUCUUGGUGUCAACUCGGGAACGCCAAGCUGCGCCAGCUGA